CGCGGAACACUUUGCCGUAACCUUUCGUCUCCCUAACACUCCCCCUUACCCUUCCCGUCUCCUUCCCCAUCACCAGGACACAGCCAGCACCCCUACCCCCCUUGUCAUCUUCCAUCACCCUCACUCCUGCUGCUGUUUUCACUCUUGGCGUCUCUAACCAGUGUUGUGUGGCGUCCAGAAUGAUGAUGUAGGUUUUGUUUAUCUUUUGUCUUGUCUGUGUUCAUCCAUAGAGGUUUGUGGAAAGACAGUGUAGUUGUUUUGUUAUCUUGUGUCUUGUUUGUGUUUGUUUGUGGAGACGUGGGAAGAUUGUGGGUUAGUUUUUUCAUUCUGUGUCUGUGUCUAGUUUUCUUGAGACUCGCAGAACGAUUAUGCUGCUAUUUUUAUUUAUUUUUUUCGUCUAUGCGUAUCUUAUUUUUCGAUACCCACGGCAAGAUUAUGCAGGUUGUUUUCAUCUUGUGUCUGUGUUUAUCCUGUGUUUCGUUUGAGACUCGCUGCAAGAUUACGCAGUUUGUUCAUCUUGCGUCUGUGUUUGCCCCUUUUUUGAGAUGCGGCAAGAUUACAUAGUUUGUUUUCAUCUUGUGUCUGUGUUUAUAAUGUUUUUUGAGACUCAUGGCAAGAUUACACCGUUUGUUGUUAUCUUGUAUUUGUGUUUAUCCUCUGCUUUGAGACUCACUGCAAGAUUACGCAGUUUGUUCAUCUUGUGUCUGUGUUUACCGUGUUUUUUUGAUACUCGCGGCAAUAUUACUCAGUUUGUUCAUCUUGUGUCUGUGUUUAUCGUGUUGUUUGAGACUCGUGGCAAGAUUACUUAGUUUGUUUUCGUCUUGUGUCUGUGUUUUAUCAGUGGCGGUGUGGAGUGACAGGUUCCUUGCACCGUGAAGUGAGGGUGUCAUGUGGUGGCUGUUUCAUGUUAUGCAUAAUGGAUUGGUAAUGUUGUAUUGCUGAGUUGAGGUGUUGGUAUGUUGUGUUUCAUCUCGUGUUUCAAAAUCACAACAUUGUAUGGCAUGUCGAGGUAAUGCUUAAGUUGAAAUAUUGGUGUCACAACUUUGUAUUUCAUCCGGUGUUUCGUAAUAGCAAGAUUUUACGGACGUUUUGAAAUGGAGGUCUUUCUGUUUUGUAUUUUAUCUUGUGUUUCUAAAUGGCAGUAUGUUACCGCUGUCAAGUAAUGUUACGUCACUAAUUUGGUCCUGUUGUCUUGCAUUUCAUCUUGUGUUUCAAAAUAGCAACUCUACAGAUGUCUUGAAAUGUUAUGUCACUAAGUUGCAGUCUUGCUAUCUUGUAUUUUAUUGUGUGUUUUUAAAUAGCAACACCCAACAGCUAUAUUGAGGUAAUGGCACGGUUUUAUCAGUCUAGUGUGAGAAACUGUUUCAUACAAUUAUUAUUAUCACAGUUAUUCAUAUCUUUUCUGGUAAUGAUAGAAUUUUACGUCGGUUCACACCACUAGUCCACUCACAACCCAUUUCCCUCGAGUCACAACCUUAAUGUGUUCAGUAAUGCUUGAUUUUGUGCCUUUAUUUGUCUAUUUCACCUCACAUCAUUCUGCCAGUUCACCAAAACCUUAUUCUGCACAAACUUUCAUUUACACUUUCUCCCAACAAUAUUUUUUUUAUUCAUAUUACCAGUGCCUUUAGUUUCUGCCUUUAUAUAUUAUGAGUAACUCUCCUUUCUGCCUUUAUUUCUCUUAUUUCACCUUGCAUCACUCCGCCAGUUCAUCCAAAAACCUUAUUCUCCACAAACUUUCAUAUAUGCUUCCUCCCAACAGUAUUUUCUGACCUAUAUCAUCAUUAACUCUUUUAAGUUUCUGCCUUUAUUUGUCUAUUUCAUUUCUCGUCACUUAGUCAGUCUGCCAAAAUAUUCUGCACAAACUCCCCUUCUCAACCAUAUUUUCUGCAUUAUACCAUCAUUAUCUCUCCAGUCCCUUCUUUUCUUCUGCUUUGGUUUGGCUAUUUCAUCUCACGUCACUCAGCUGCUCUGCCAAAACUCCUCGCAAACUCCCAUGUAUGCUCCCUCCCAGCAAUAUUUUCUCUUUUAUAUCAUUAUCUCUUUAGUUUCUUCCUUUAGUUUGUGUCACAUCACCUUGCGUCACUCCACCAGUCCGCCAAAACACUUAAUUUAUCACUAACUCUUACCUACAGCUCCUGUCCAAUGUUUUAUGUAUAUCAACAGUACCUCUAUUUUUCACUUUGAUUUCUCCCUAAAACACUUGCUUAUUUACAAGCAUACACCGACCCUCAGCCAUGUUUUCUGUAUUAUAUUAACAGUAUCUAUAAUAACGCUAAGUAUUUAUUGUAUUACCACUGUUUUUGUGUAAUUUCUCUCGGUGUUCUACCUCCAUGGCAGUGAUUAUUGACAGACGUACAGGAACGCCUCCCCACACUGCCCUCUGCUCUUGUAUUGUCAGUAUAUGUAUCAUUUCUGCAAGUGUUAUCAUUAUGCAUCAUUUCAUUUCACUGUAGUCACUUUCACAUUCCUUCAGUCACCCAUCCACACACACACAAACAUAAAUACAGUUUCCGGCAUUGCCUUUUCUCGUUGUAUUAUCAGUGUAUGUAUUAUUUGUGCAAGUAUCAUCAUUACUCAUAAAUUUUUCAUCACUACAUUCUCUCACAUACACACACACACACACACACACACCAGUAUUCAGCCUUUUCUCUUUCUGUAUAACAAUUGUAUAUAUAAUUUCUGCAAGUAUUAUCAUUGCUCAUCACUAAAACCAUACACACUCAUACACACAUCAUUGUACAGUCUCCCACAAUUCCUUUCCUCUUAUUAUAUGAAUAGUGUAUGUAUUGUUCCUAUUUUACAUCACAUCACAUCACUACAAACACCUACAGACACACACGCAGUCCCCCACAGGCUAGCCGCAAGUCUCAAGAGUGAAAACAACAGCAGUGCCAGGACAUGAAAUCUUUGCCAUCUGUUCCCCUGCCAAGCAACACUACUCUGCCUCUCUCGUGUCGUGUGCCAGCCAGGAGGGGCAGUGGGUCUCUCUCUCAUCCUGGAGGCCUGAACUACAUAGGGUUCUUGUCUCUGUGUGUGAGUGUGUGUGUGUGUGUGCCUUGCGAUGCUAUGGAAUGCCUCACACAUCUGGUAUAUCCUUGUUUGUAAUUAAUUGUUUUGUCUAUCCAGGUGUUUUCAGUGAGGCAUGUUUGUGUAUGAGUGUGCCUUGUGAUGUUUUUCUGAGUGUGUAGGGUGAAGAAUGCCCUCACACGCCUCACAUGUUCUGUUUUAUAGUUACGUAAUUGUUUUCUCUCAUCCAUAAGGUGUUUUAAGCAAGGUAUGUGUGUUUACAAGUGUGUCUUGUGGUGUUUUGCUGCGUGUGGGGCAGUGAAUUACAGAUUAAAUUCUCAACACGUACCACAAUAUUUCUUGAAACUUGAGAAGGUAUUACAAGUUGGUAGUUAUUUUUGAUAAAGCACAAAGUUAUUUUACGUUGUUCUGGCGUUUUACUCAAGACACUCUUAGAACGCCAACAUAAGCAUCCAUUUAAUUAUUUUUAUGCGAGGCUAACUCUUAGGAGGGUAAUUUUACACAAGGCACACUCGUAAAACACCAAUACAAGUCUCUGUUAUUCAGUUUUAUACAAGGUUAACUCUUAGGAGAUCAAUAAAAGUCUGUCAUAGUUUUACGCAAGGCCCACUCCUUAAACACCAUUACAAGUGUCCGUCAAUUCUCCGCAAGGCACACUCUGUCAUUGCAAGCCACCACAGCUCAAUGCAGCACAAGCCAUCACUGUCUCUGGGUGAGUGAAAGACCCACACCAUCUCCUCUCCCCCAGGACAGCCAUGACCCUACCAAGUCCAACCUCUGUGAUAUUAUACGUAUUAUUAUUAUGCAGGCUGUGAUGGGGUCAUGACUCGGCAGGAACGCAGCACAACACUUGCCUCUCACUCGCCUCCCUUCCACACUGGCUACGUUUGGGUCAUCCUACAAUGUUUCUCUGUCCUUCCCAUCCUUCUCUUCCCUGCCCUCACUCCUUCCCUCUCCACUGUUAUUCUGGUACAGUUUAUUAUUGUAUAUGAUGUUGAAUAGUAAAGAAGUCUGAAGAUCAUUA